CAUUCUCAGUGCAUUCCGUUUUGUUUACGAAACAGCAGUUAAGUUAAAGUCAACAACCUUGAGAAACAUGAAAUAAUUUACGAUAUAUUUCACUUGAAAAUAAUAGACCAGACAAUUUUUUAUAUAUAACCGUUAUCAUGGGUGGUUGUGAUUCAUGCCUUACCCGAAUACCAUAUGCCACCCUAAUAGCCACAAUUAUGUGUGCUUUGGGAGUGAUGGCAUUUUGUUUCACAAUGUACAGAGGUGCAUCUUUGGCAGUCCUCAUGUACACAGAUGUUUUUAACAUACAGUUAUUUUGGAUUGAUGCGGUGAAAAUGACCUUUGUCUUGAUUGGAGCUUGCAUGGCAGCUUUAGGUUUAAUGAUUCUUUCAGUGGGAUUUUUGGCGACAGGUGCAACUAGGCACAAAGUUUACAGAGGUUGGGGUAGCCGUGUGGGCGGCAGAAUAUCUUGUGCAACUUUCAUGUGCAUCACUUAUAUUCUACAAAUUGUUUGGGUGUUAAUUUUCUGCUUCUUGGUGAUUGUUACAUUCGUCUACACAAUAUUUUGGAAAAUGUGCGAAAAUCCAGAUGUACAAAGUCUCAAAACAUCCAUUGAUUUAACACAGUUUUAUUUCAUGUUUCCUGAUGGCAUGAGACAAGAACACAUGAAAAUACAAGGCGACGUUCAAAUCAAGAAGUUUUGCAAAGAUUAUGUGGAGAAAAUUGAAGGCAUGUUUAUUAUAGCCACAGUUGCCUCAGUAAUGAUUAUUUUAAGCUUAGUUCAUUAUUUAAUGUGUUUGUCUGCAAAUUAUGCACAUAUAAGGGACCAAGACAAAUUCCUUCAGCUCCAGGACCUCCAAAUGUUGAACGACAACGAAAUGUUAAGCUCGAAAGAUCGAUUCUAGGAUAAGGCCCAGGAGAUACACAUGACUGAGACUUUGUGGAGUAAUUUUUCUUGAGUUUGAUUUAUUAAAAUUUGUGUCGUAAAUGUGUAUGUCCUGGGUGUGCCGUUACCGAUUAAUUUAAUAUGAAAGUGGCGAUGGUAUUUCGGUUAAUUCCAUGUUUAUAGUUGUUUCCGUCCUUGUUUCUACCUGAACUUAUUUAUGUAUAUUCUAUUGAGUUAUUAGAGUAAUUUAAGUUUAAAAUAAUUUAAUGUUAGUGACAAUUUUAAGAGCACACUGCCUUAUAUUUCAUAUCCCUGUGAAGUAUAAACACAAUGAAGAUGGUAGGAAGUAGUAUUAGAAUUAUUUUGUAUAUUUUAUAUUAAUAAAAAGUAUUUUUCUACAGAA